AUCUGAUCUAGUAAAGAAAAAAAUGGAAAGAAAACCACAUGUAGUGGCUAUACCGUAUCCAGCACAAGGACAUGUAAUUCCCAUGAUGAAGGUUGCCCAAUACUUGGCAGAAAACGGUCUCAAAGUCACAUUUGUCAACACCGAAUUCAAUCACCAGCGAGUUACAAAGGCACUUUCUCAGACAGGUAACAUACACGAACUCGUAAAUUUGGUCUCAAUUCCAGAUGGCUUAGAAUCUUGGGAAGACAGAAAUGAGCAUGGGAAGUUAGCUGAAGCUUCAGUGAAGAUCAUGCCUAAGGAGCUGGAGAAUCUAAUUCAAGAGAUGAACAGAACAGAAAGUGAUGACAUCAUCACGUGUGUGCUCGUGGACUUCUAUAUGGCGGGAAUAUUGCCUGUGGUGGAAAAAUUCGGCAUCAAGAGAGCGGCCUUUUUGCCAGCACCGGUGGCGUUGUUGGCAUUAACACUCAAUGUACAGAAACUCGUCGAUGAUGGGAUUGUAGAUGCCGACGGAACACCCUUGACGAACCAGCCGAUUCAGCUGGCUCCAUUGAUGCCUAAGAUGAGCCCCAUGAACUUCGCAUGGGCAUGCUUCCCAGAUCCAUCCAUGGGAAAACCUAUUUUCCAGUCCAUAAUCCAAAACAACGAAUCAUCAAAACUAAUACAACGUCUAAUCUGCAACUCAUCAACCGAGUUGGAGCAGCCGGCGCUCAAUUUCAUCCCCAAUUGUUCGCCGAUAGGCCCUCUCCUCCCAAGCAGCCACCGACUCGGAAAAUCAGCCGGCCAUUUCUGGCCGGAAGAUUCCACCUGCCUGGCGUGGCUCGACCAACAGCCACCGAAUUCCGUCGUCUACGUCGCGUUCGGGAGCUUCACCGUUUUCGACGCAAUCCAGUUCGAAGAACUGGCGCUCGGCCUCGAAUCAACAAACAGGCCGUUCCUAUGGGUGGUUAGACAAGAUACAAAUCGAGAUAAUGAAAUCGAAGAAGCUUACCCUGCCGGAUUCGCCGAACGGGUGAAGAACCGCGGCAAAAUGGUCGGCUGGUCACCGCAGGAGCAGGUGCUGUCGCAUCCCGCCGUCGCUUGCUUCAUCAGCCACUGCGGCUGGAACUCCACCGUUGAGGGGAUCGGAAACGGAGUGCCGCUCCUGUGCUGGCCGUACUUCGCCGACCAGUUCCUUAACCGGAGUUACAUUGUCGAUCACUGGGGAGUUGGAUUAGGGUUAGAGAAGGAUGAAACUGGAAUUGUGAGAAAGGAGGAAAUUAGGGUUAAUGUGGAAAGAAUUUUCGAUGAUGAAGGAUAUAAAUCUAGGGCGGUAAAACUUCAGGCCAAGAUCUUCAGCAGCGCCCAUGAAGGAGGAAGCUCUCACCUGAAUUUCCAUAGCUUCAUAAAUUGGAUUAAGGAUAAUUAA